UGAGUGCCGACUCGCUUACCUUGGACUGCAUCAUCCAUCUCUUCUCGCACCUGGAGGUACCGGAUCUGCUUAGAGCAGCCCAAGUGAAUAAGACAUGGAAUGAAGCAGCAGAGACCACUUUUCUUUGGAGCUUCAUGAGGAAAACCUCAGACAUUGCAAAGUUUUCAAAUUCAGACAGACAUUUUCAUGUAAAGGAGAAAACAAGGGCAAAUGAGUGGAAUCGUUUUAGUGAUCAAAAGACCUUUGGGCAACAAAAGGCAAUGGAAGAGUGAAAGUCAAAAACAGGGAGGCAAAGAGAGAGAGGCAAGUAGAGCUUUAAAGGGUCUAUGUGGAAUACUUGCAAUGCAAUGCAGUUCAUGUUCACUUGGAAGGAAAUCCGGUUCAGUAAGAUUUGCUGCUAGAAAUAUGUGUCUGAGACGGUGGGCCUUCUGCAAUAUCUCUGUGAUCCCAGGAAUGCAGACCUGGAAAAGGUAUUAUCUUCACCGCUCUAAUCUCGAGCAUAAAAUGGCAUCAGGGCGGCCUUCAGUUGACUAUACAUGCAAAGCUAUGAGAGGGCAUAAAGGAGUGAUAAAUGACAUGGCUUACCUCUCAAAGAAUGAGCACACAUUUGCAACUGGGCAGGUCCAGUCUGUUGUAUGCACAGCAUCUUCUGAUGGCACCGUCAAGACAUGGAACGUCCAAGAGGGUACACAGAUUUGGUCGAGUCCGCAACAGGAAGUGCCACUAGCAAAUAUUAUCACAUUUCCUCUGUAUAAAUUGGCAGUUACAAUAGACUGUCAGGGGAUGAUCAAACUCUGGCAUGGGGACACGGGCCAAGAGCUUGCAUCGUUUUCCGUGUCAUCCUCAUCCUGUUCAGUGGCCGCCUACACAAAAAACAACAAGCCAUUCCUAACGGUAGGUACUGGAGUAGGCAUCCUCUAUAUAUUGGCAGCUUCUGAUCUGAGCCAGGUUUUACGCACGGAAGUAUUUCAAAACUGUGGCAUGGAUUUGUCUCUCUGUUCACCAGAUGGGCAAUGGAUAGUUCUUUGUCCAACUGAUCCUGCUUUUUCACCAAAGGUGUUUUACACAGAUUGUGCAACUAAUCCAGAGGACGAUGAACUGAUACUAUCUAGUCCUUUACCAGUUACAAGCCGUCACCUGGUCACCUGCUGGUUACCAGCAGAAUUAGCAAGGAUAGCCAUACUACAUGACGACGCAAUGAACUUUCACAUUGUGACCUUUGAUAUUGUCAUGGAGAAGAAAUCUAAAUACAAAAUGAACAUUGUGGUUCAACAGGUUGCAAGCUUCACACUCCCAACACAAGAACCAUGGAUGACAAAGAAGAUCAUGAAAGGAUUUGGCAAGCAGACACUUCUUAUAGCAGCUGGACUGGAGCUGAAAUUAUACACUAUCACUGGGACUGAAUUAAUGGUUUUCAAAGAUCACCAUAAAAUUAUUACAUCAAUCUGGGUGGAUCCUUUUCAUGUAGUCACAUCAUCCAUGGACCUCUCAUUACGAGUGUAUUCCUGGAAAAAUGACAACAAAUCUUCCUCCUUGAUUAGUCGCUAUCAUUUAAUUGGAGGAUCCCACCGAUGGUCCACUGGCUUUAGAAGUGUGGCUUGUGACGAUGUGAGCAUUGUUGGAGUGGUGGCUGGAACAGACGGGACAGACAUUUUAAGGGCGUACUCCUUUAAUUUGUGAGACUUAAUGCUUCUGUGUUACCUUUUCAUGCUUUCUUCACUUGUCAAUGAACAAGUGAAUCCAUCACGAAUUUCCACUUGCGUAUAUGUAAGUAGCAGGCAACUGCUAUCUAAAGAAAUGGCAGGUAUCAUACACAGCAUUCCAUAUUGUCUGACCAUGAAGUGCAGUAGAAUCCAAGCUGUAUUUGUAUUUGUAGUAUUAAUAAUAAACUACAGAAGGGAUGA